UAGCGAUAACAGCUGUCGCACAAGUCACAACAUAACCUGAAACUGUUACAAUCAAAAAUACGUGUCAGAAGAGUUGGGGCAGUUCAAGUUCGGUGGUUUAUGAUGAUUGCGAGUAGAAAUUUUUUUCUUCGUUUCGGCGGCAUAAAAUUUUAAAAAUCAUGAGAAAUUACUUUAUAGGAUAGAACCUUACGAAAAACUGAAUAUUUUCGUGAAGAAUCGGUGCUGGAAGUUUGCCGUCUUAUUUCCAUAAUCUUUUCAUCACAGUCAUCGUGUGUGGAUAUUGGCCGUUUAUCAAGCGUACAGCAGCAUGUUUAAAAAUGCAAGAGAUAUGCUUGCACAGCUUCAAUGAGGAAUAUUUUCAUCGAUCGUAAACUAUAUAUGAUAAUUGAGAAAAAAUAACAACUCUUUGUGACUCAACGAGAAAUUCUCUCAAAUUUUCUUCGUAUGUCUUGAACUGGCGCGUAAUUCUAUGUGCCCCUCGAUAUUCGACAUACAUCAUAUACUCGUCCGAACGUCCGAAUAUUAUUUAUACAGGCUCCGCGAGGAUCGGAUGUGCACACCUCCGGAGACGCAAUAAUUUUGCGAAUGGAUUGGCGAGUAAACGGAAUAUUUCCGGCUGUAAUUGCCGGUGAAGAAUCUCAUGGUUCUGAAAAUCUUUCGCAACGUGUAUCCGUUGCUUCCUUAAUGAAAAUCACGUCGGAUGACAGCAAAGAAUUCAUAUGUGGCUGGGGUGCUGCUGUUAUAAAUGUCGCUGUCACUUAUCCUAUUAAUAAAAUCAUAUUUAGACAGAUAUUGGAAGGUGUGCCCGCGGAUACGGCGGUUAGACAAUUGUCGAGGGAAGGAUUGAGACUACUCUACAGAGGAAUACUACCGCCGUUGUGUCAAAAAACUUUGUCGCUGAGCAUAAUGUUCAGCGUUUACGAAGGCUGUAGAACUAGACUGACAAGAUUAACGGAGAGAAAAAUGUUGGCAAAAUUUAUAGCGGCUAAUGUUGCUGGUACGACGGAGGCGAUGUUAAUGCCUCUCGAACGGGUACAAACUUUAUUGCAGGACUGGCGCAAUCAUAGUAAAUUCAAAAACACGACUCACGCGUUCCGUUAUCUACUAACCACCUAUGGAAUUGCCGAAUGUUACCGGGGUCUCGUACCAAUUAUUUAUCGCAAUGGCCUCUCCAAUUUAACGUUCUUUACGUUGAGAGAUUACUCGAAAACUUUGAUGGGGGAGGACGAGUCGUUGGUCGGGAAUUUCGUCAGUGGUGCUUUAAUCGGUGGUUUCACCAGUACCGUAUUUUAUCCAAUGAACAUUGUUAAAAUACACAUGCAGUCCAAGAUUGGCGGAGAUUUUGAAAGAAUGAGCGUCACCCUUCGAGAACUGUGGAUUCUGCGUGAUCGUAGUAUAAGAAAUUUUUACAAAGGCGUGCAUUUGAAUUACAUGCGCUCAUUCAUCAGUUGGGGCGUUAUAAAUGCGGCCUACGAUUUUUUGAAACAUUUCCUUUUUUUCACCAACUAAUCGAUGUAUGGUAAGCUCUCAUUUCAACGCCUUGUACGUUUGUCGGAUCACAAUCACGACGAAUCGUUGAAGUUUCACCACCAUUUAUUCAUUUUGUUACAUCUGAUUUUCUAUCAUUAAUUAUUAUUGUAUCGACUAAUCGGAAAUUCUACUCUACACCAAAGAGCGUCACAAUUUUUCCAUUAUUUUUAUGUAUAUAUUGAAAUUAUAUUGUGUUUAGUAAUGGAAUAGAAAAAAAAUUCUCGUGUUUUGUAGCUCAAUUUUUUUAAUUAUAUUAUUUUUAUAUAAGUGUUCGACCAUUCGCGAUUAUAGGCCGGAAAUACGAUAUCGUAUUUGAACGAAUAAUUUAAAAAGUGUAUAUAUUAGAUGUAAUAAUUUGAGUCGACAACGUGACGAAAGCCAUGGAUAAUGAUUGUAUCGAUGGGGCUAAAUAUAUAUGUAACUCGGAUUUGAUAAAAAUUAUUAAUUCA